AUGUCCAACAUUCUCAACAUCUCCCUCAGCAGCGUCUUCGUCCCACCGUGCUUCAAAGCCACCGCCAUCAGCCUUCGGCCUGCAGUGUCUGUUGUGACCUACCUAGACGACCACCACACUUGGGAGACCGGUUCCAGCGUAACAGUCCCAGCAGCUCAGCACCAGGACAACUCCACACGCAGUCACAAAUACACCCCUCUGAACUUCCUGCCCUACACGCUUUAUGAACAGUUCCAGCGCUUCGCCAACUUCUACUUCCUUCUGAUUGUGGUAAUGCAGUGUGUGCCUGCCAUCGCCACCAUCCCAUGGUACAUCACUGUGUUCCCUCUGUUGAUAGUCCUGUCUGUGCGGGCACUGAAAGAUCUGGUCUCUGAUCUGGGCCGCAGACGAAGCGAUAAACAGAUCAACAGCAGGUCGUGUGAUCUUCUGACCUCUGGAGGCUUUCAAACAGUCCAGUGGAAGGAUGUGUGUGUUGGAGACGUGCUGAGGAUUCACAAAGACCAAAUUAUACCAGCAGAUCUUCUUCUUUUGCAAAGCACUGAGCCACACAGUUUGUGCUACGUAGAGACCGCUGACAUAGAUGGAGAGACCAACCUCAAGUUCCGCCAGGCGCUGGCCGCCACCCACGCUGAGCUGACCUCUGACCCUGCGGACCAGAGCCUCUCAAGCUUCAACGGUGUUGCGUUUUGCGAGGAGCCCAAUGGAAAUCUCUACUCCUUCAGGGGGGAGCUACGGUGGAGGGGGGAGACCUACAGGUUGGACACCGAGCACAUCCUCCUCAGAGGGACGGUGUUGCGAAACACUGACCACGCAUACGGUGUGACCAUAUAUGCAGGUGCAGACACUAAGAUCAUGAAAAACUUUGGCAAGGUGAUUGUGAAGACGACCCAAGUGGAGAGGAUCCUCAACAGGGUUAUCCUCGGAAUUAUGCUGUUUGUGCUGCUGCUGGACCUCCUGCUGGCUGUGGGCUCCGGGGUGUUUGAGCACCAAGUGUCCUCCCGCCUGGAGGUGCUGUCCGCCCUCGGGGGGGAUGCCAGCGCCUCUUACCGAGGCUUCCUCUCGUUCUGGGGCUACGUAAUUCUGAUGAGCCCUGCCAUUCCCAUGUCCCUGUACAUCUCGCUUGAGGUGAUGAAGGUGUUCCAGUGUUUCUUCAUAAACUGGGACUUGAAGAUGUACCAUGCGGACAGCGACAAGCCCGCUCACGCACGGAACACCUCGCUCAACGAGGAGCUGGGUCAAGUGGGCCACCUGCUCAGCGACAAGACCGGCACCCUGACCCAGAACUGCCUGAUCUUCCGCCAGUGCUGUAUCGCCGGGGACAUCUACGGUCAGACAGGACUCCUCUCAGUCCCUAACCCUUUGGACCUGAGCUGGAACCGGUUCUCCUGCGGUGGGCUGCAGUUCUAUGACCAGCGGCUGGUGGACCGGCUGGUGAAGCAGCGGUGCCCGCUGGGCAGGGAGUUCUUCGCCGCCCUGGCGCUGUGCCACACGGUGAUGACUGAGUGGAAAGAGGGUGCCCCUCACUACCAGGCUGCAUCCCCAGACGAGGAGGCCCUGGUGGGGGCGGCGCGGGAUCUGGGCUGGGUGUUCCUCUCCCGGACCAGAGACUCCCUCACUCUUAGCGAGCUGGAUCACACGCGGCAGUACCAGCUCCUCACGCUGAUAGACUUCACCAGCCAGAGGAGGCGCAUGUCCGUGCUGGUGAAGGAGCCAGGCGGGGAGCUUAAGCUGUACUGUAAAGGGGCAGACAUCGUCAUCCUGGAGAGGCUGCAGAAAGACUGCCCACAUAGGGAAAGCUGCCAGAGAGCACUGGAGAGAGACCCAUUUUCUGCUCUGCAGCUGUUUUCCCAGGGCUGUUUGAGGACUCUGUGUGUGGCGGUGCGCUCUGUGACUGAGGCCCAGUGGGCCGUGUGGAGACAGGUCCUGGAUCAGUGCCAGACAGAGACGUCUCAGCGCGAGGCCCGGCUCGAGGAGCUGCACGCCCGCAUGGAGAGAGACCUGACGCUGCUGGGAGUGACGGCCAUAGAGGACCGGCUCCAAGAUGGAGUCCCAGAGACCAUCUCUACCCUCCGGCAGGCAGGCAUCAAGGUGUGGGUGCUGACCGGGGACAAAACAGAGACCGCGGUGAAUGUGGGCUACGCCUGCAGGCUAAUGGACCCUGACACCAGCCUCCUGCAAGGAGACGAGCUCAGGCAGCUUCUUCAGUCUCCUGACCCAGACGUUAAGAUUCUUCAGAAGAAGAAGUCAGAGAUGUGGUGCACAGACGGCUGUUUGCCGAGGGACGGAACUACAAUAGUCAUCAACGGUCUUGAGCUGGCGGAGCUCAUUGAUGAGCCAGAGUUGGGGGCCAGGUUCGUGACCCUUGCCAACCGGUGCCAGUCUGUGCUGUGUUGCCGGGUGACCCCCGGGCAGAAGGCAGCGGUGGUGCAGCUGGUCCGGAGACACACCCCCUCCGUGACCCUGGCCAUCGGGGAUGGGGCCAACGACGUCAACAUGAUCAAGACGGCGCAUGUUGGGGUGGGGCUGUAUGGGGUCGAGGGCAGCCAGGCGGUCCAGAAUGCAGACUUCGCUCUGGCCCAGUUCAGAUUCCUGGGCAGGCUGCUGUUGGUCCACGGGCACUGGUCCAACCUGCGCAUCUGCCUCUUCCUGCGCUACUUCCUCUACAAAACCACCGCCUUCGCAUUCGUGAACGUGUGGUACAGCUUCUUCAGUGGCUUCAGUGCUCAGCGUCUGUAUGAGAGCUGGUUCAUUUCUCUGUACACGGUCAUGUACACCUCCAUGCCGGUGCAGUGUCUGGCUCUCUUUGAGCAGGAUGUGAGUGCGGAGGGCUGCAUGUGUUGGCCAGAGGUCUACAAGAAGGGCCAGAGGCUGGAGUUCUUCAGCCCAAGAGCUCUCACCACCACCCUGCUCUACUCACUCUACUCCUCCCUGGUCCUCUGCCUCCUGCCCUUGGGGGUCUUCCAGUACCUCACGCUCGACUUCCAGACCUUGGCCGUCACCAUGGGAACGUCAGCAGUGUUCAUGACAACAGCUGAGGUCAUAGAGGGGGGCCCAGUCCGUAGCAAGAACGACCCUGUACUCACCAAGAUGAAUGGAACUCCAUUCCGCCGCGGAACUGUCCAGCGCCGGUCCUCGUACGCUGUCUCCCAGGGCAAAGGCUUCGGUCGGCUCAUCACCUCCGGGGCAGGACUCCGCACUGCGGCCCCCCAGCAGCAGACCCCUCAUCCAGCCGCGACAGACUCUCACACGGCUCAGCAUCUCCCAGGCAAUGCCCAAGGAGAGAGUGCUGAAGCCUUAUAA